AUGGUUGUGUGUCAGUCGGAUCAAGACCAAUCGAGGGCCAAAUGGACAACGUUUUGCACCAAAAUGUUUGCAGAUUUGCUGGUUGAGCAAAUACGGAAAGGAAAUAGGAGUAGCGGUGCUUUUUCAAAGUUGGCUUGGAAGAUUAUCCGAGAUGAAUUCAAUAGGCAGACUGGUCUCAAGUUUGAUAAACAACAAUUGAAGAACCAUCUCGAUGUUCUGAGGAAGAGAUACAAUUCUGUGAAGGCAAUUCUUGAUCACCCUGGCUUUACUUGGGAUGCUUCUCAGUCUAUGCUCCUAGCUCAGGAUGAUGUAUGGCAAAAGUACAUUGAGGCACAUCCUGAGGCUGACACUGUCAGAAAGAGGGGCUGUGAUAUAUAUGAACAGCUAUGCAUUAUCUUCUCAUCAGACUCCGGAACCAAUGUAAAUCAUGCCUUUAUCGUUUUAGGAACAGCCGUGCAUCAGAUAGAUGAAGACCCGCCCAGGGCCAAGUGGACUGUGCCUCUUGAGAAGAUAUUUGUAGAUUUGAUGCUUCAGCAGGUUUUUCAAGAGAAUAGGUCGAACAAUGCUUUUAGCAACAAAGCUUGGAAGUAUAUACACCAUGAAUUUAAUAGACAAACAAAGUUAAAUUAUGAUAAGCAGCAGUUGAAAAAUCAUCAUGGUGUUUUGAGAAAGUGGUACCACAGUGUAAGGUCACUUCUUAAUCAGGAUGACUUUAGUUGGGACAAGUCUCGAUGCAUGGUAAUUGCUGAGAAUGAUGUGUGGGCAAAAUGCAUCGAGAAGCAUCCUGAAGUUGAGGCAAUAAGAGUCAAAGGAUGUCCGCAUUAUGAACAGUUAGACAGGAUAUUUUCAGAGUCAGGCAGUUCUGGAAAUUAUGCUUUCCCUGAAUCACAGACGGCUGCUUCAAAGAUGGAUAGUCCGCCUAGUGAAGAUCAAUUCAAGCGAGAUCAAUCAAGAGCAAAGUGGUCAGCGCCACUGGAUAAGAUACUUUUAGACUUGUUGAUUGAGCAAACUGGGCAAAAUAAAAUGUCCAACAAGAAAGCAUGGAAACAUAUACGGGAAGAAUUCAAUUACAAAACAGGUUUGCAGUUUGAUGGUGAACAGUUGAGGAAUCACCAAAAUGUUCUUAAAAGGUUGUACAACAACAUAAAGUCGGUUCUUGAUCAUAGUGGUUUUAGUUGGGAUAAUUCUCGAAAUAUGGUAAUGGCUGAUGAUGAAUUGUGGGAAAAGUACACCACGGCACAUCCUGAGGCUGAAACAAUUAGAAAUAAGGAGUGCCCAAUUUUCAAACAGUUAUGCGCAUUAUUUUCAGAGUCAAAAGCUGAAGAGACAUACAUUCUCUCAAGUCAUGAUGUUCCCUCAACAAACAAGAGAGCAGCAGGAGCAGCUGCUGUAGCGCAUAGUGGUGAUCGAUUCUCAAUAUCCAGUUGCAUUGAAGUAUUGAAUGAGAUGGCAGGGGUUGAUGAAGAGCUUUAUCUGGCUGCUUCAGAUUUGUUCCAGGACCCUGACCGGAGGGAAACAUUUAUAUGCAUCAAAAGUGAGAUCAAACUGGCAUGGCUUAAGGCCAAAUGUAAACAUCUUUUGUAG